AUGUAAAAAAAAGAAAAUGUUCUGUGUGAACAGACCAAUGAGUGAAUAUUCUCUAUAUUUACCUUUUACCAAAAAUGAUUGUAGGCCUACUGUUCCUCAACGUAAAUUCUAAAGUACAACGUUAACAUUAAACACAUCCUUGCUACUAUAACAGCAGCAGCAACAUUUUGAACAUGGUACUUUUUAAUCAUGGUAUACUUUUUAUUAUGUAUGAAUCAAAAUAAACUCCUGUCUUUGUCCUCAAGUCUCUAGGGAGAAGGGUUGAUCCAACAAAUAAAGUCCCAAUCUCAAGAGAAUGAACUAAUAUAAAUUUGUCUGAUCGCUGGCAGAAUGAGAUGCUUGAGCCAGACUGAAGAAGUUCAUCACAGGUCACAAAAAGCCAGACAACAGCUUUCACGAGCAUCAUGCAGUCAAACUCCUCUGCAAAUGUGACCAUUGUUCGUCCUGCAACAUUUUUCAUGAACGGCUUUUAUAAUGUCCCACAUGCAAAAUAUUACUAUGUGUUCUUGUCUUUGGUGUAUGUUGUGACUGUUUUAGGGAAUUCAUUCAUCAUGUGUAUCAUUUAUUUGGCCCGCAGACUUCACACAGCCAAAUACAUUAGUGUUUUCCAUCUGGCCCUUUCUGAUCUGUGUGGAAGCUCGGCUUUGAUUCCAAAAGUCAUAGACACAUUUUUAUUCGAGCAUCAGGAGAUCUCAUAUGAAGCGUGCUUGACAUAUAUGUUUUUUGUGUAUCAUUUCAUGAAUCUGCAGUCUUUGACACUACUUGUCUUGGCUUAUGACAGAGUGGUUGCUAUUUGUUUUCCUCUACGGUAUCAUGCCAUUGUAACCAAAACAGCCAUGUUUCUGAUUAUAGGCGUUAUGUGGAUUUUUUCUGUGGCUUUUUUUUCUAUGAUUGUAGGAUCUGUGAAUAGACUUUCUUUUUGUGGAUCUAAUGUGAUUGAUACUUAUUUUUGUGAUUAUGGCCCUAUCUAUAGAAUAGCCUGCAAUGAUAUUUCUGUAAAUCUUUUGUUAGGUAAAAUUUGCUAUGGUCUCUUGAUUUUUGCACCACUAAUUUUGAUCUUCAUCUCAUAUGUCUGCAUUGCUUUAGUUUUGUUUAAAAUUCCCCAUGGUGUUGACCGGAUCAAAUCCAUAAAAACCUGUACUUCACAUCUCAUGUUGGUGGCAAUUUUUUAUAUUCCAGUUUUAAGCAAUAAUAUUGCAUCUCUCAUAGCACCUUUGCAUCCAAACGCCAGGAUAAUUAACAAUUCUCUUACUCAGAAAAUAUCACCUAUGCUGAAUCCCAUCAUAUACACUCUAAAGACAGAGGAGGUCAUGCAAUCCAUUAAAGAACUGUACAAACGAAGCAGGGUGAGCACAACUCAGGAAAAAAAUAUGAAAUGAAGUAGGAAAAAUUAAAAAUAAUAAUUACAGGUUUAAUCUCACUGCAUUUUAGUUGAGAUCAUUUAGAAAUGUUGUUGUUAACAGGCCAAAUAUUCAAAACCAAAUACAGCUGCUUUGUGAUUUCCCUCUUUUGUUAAAAAAAAAAAAAAAAAAAAAAAAAAAAUAUAUAUAUAUAUAUA